ACCCCACCGUGGACUAACCGCCAGACGCUCUCGCUCCUAGCACCACUUCUACACUCCUUUCAACGAAAACACUAGACAAAGGUCACAAUCUCAUUCUCCUAUCUCUUGCUUUCGGUCUUUGCGUGAUAUGUCUGGGGAAAAUAGCCGUGGCCCCACCGCGGAUACCGCAAUGGGAACUGCUAUUAAGGCCUUUUCUACUGCCAGAACUCCCCUGGCUGUCAAUAGCGGUGCAGAAAGGAAAACGCCGGAAGAAACCCUUCCUUCUUCUACAUCAGGCUCAACGAAAACGCCAUCCGCCACACCGGAGACAGGAAAGCUUUCAGCUAAGGAGCUCAAAGAAAAGAAAAAGCGAGAGAAAGCCGAACGUCGUCAGCAAGCUAAAUCUGAUACCCCUGCUGCUGCUGCUGCUCCUCAGCGCCCGCAAAAACCUCAACCACCGAAAAAGGAGGCUCAAGGUAAGGGGAAAAGGGGAAUCCAACCUACCGCGGCACAUGACUCUGGCAUUGUCAAGACAAUUUAUAGCCAACAGCCCAGCAAAGUUCACACUGGGGGGAGAGAGCAGGAAGCCGUUCCCGGGGCAAGGGAUAAGGAUCUUCCGGGUCUUAUGAGAGAGUUGGAGAUCGAGCAGCACGAGAAAAAGAAGAAGCCUGGGUUUGGGAUAAACAAUGCUCAUCCAGAUGUUCACCCCGCUAUUCUUACACUGGGCGUGCAGAUGAACCAAUUUAUCCUUGUUGGAAGCAGUGCUCGGUGUUUGGGAUUUAUGCUGGCAAUGAAACGAGUAGGUUUGCUUCCCGUUACUCUUAUCAUAAUAUAUCACUCGUUUUGGAUCCCGGGAAGCUGUAGCUUGAGAACCAUCUAAUGACUCUAUCACAGCUAAUUAAUGAUUAUGAGUGCCCCGCUGGAGCGACCAUAAGUCGCCACCUUCCUGGCCACUACUUUUCUCGCCAGAUCGAUUACCUCAUCUCCGCGCGUCCGAUGUCGACUGCCCUAGGAAAUUCGAUCCGCUGGCUUAAGACUGAAAUUGCUGCUGUUUCCCCUGAGCUCUCGGAAGAAGCAGCGAAGAAGCUUCUCUGUGAGAAGAUUGAUGUUUUCAUUCGCGAGCGUAUCACUGCCGCUAGUGAGGUGAUCGUGAAUACCACCGCCGCUCGCUACAUCAACGAAGGCGACACGAUCCUUACCUUCUCCAAGUCCUCAGUGAUUGAGAAGUCUUUACUCGAAGCACAUUCUCGCGGAACAAACUUCAAGGUACUUGUGGCAGAUAGUAGUCAUUUGUUUGAAGGAAAGAAUCUAUUGGCCACGUUGGUGAGAGCUGGGGUUGAUGUUGAGUAUAUCAAGACGACGUUUGUCGAUCAUUAUAUGGGCGGUGUCACAAGAGUUCUUCUGGGGGCUCAUUCCCUUCAGGCAAAUGGGUCUCUCCACUCGCGUGCUGGAUGUUCCAAAAUUGCCCGCUCUGCAUCCCAGAAAGGGAUCCCUGUGAUAAUUUGCUGUGAGAGCAUUAAGUUCUCGGAGAAGUUUACCUCGGGUGGAAUUAUUGGGAACGAAUUUGGUAAUAAUGCUUCUUUGGUUUCUGCCUUGCUUAUGCUGACAAUGCGCGAAUAGGUGACACCGAUAUAAUUGCCCCUGACAAUAAUUGCGACAACGGCGGGAUCUUCGGGGGCUGGCGUAACCAGCCCACUACCAGCCUUUCUAGUUUUAUGUUUGACACUACCCCGGCUGAGUAUAUCAAAGCUGUCAUCUCCGAACACGGAACACUUGGGCCGACCAACUGCCCCAAUGUCCUGAGGGCGAAUAGCAGCUCUACACCACAGAGGUAGGCUCAGACGGCAUAUUUGGCCACACCUCCGUUUGAUCUGCUGAGACUUUUGUUGCCUGUCUGGCCUGUUUACGCGGCACAUUGCUGCCCUCGCACUUAUAGUAGCUCAUGUAUUUCUUUCUCUUCUUUCUUGAUAUAGGGGACCAUUCACCUACAGCUUUCUUUUCAAUCAUCACCCCUUAUAUUCUUAUCAUAUCCGUGUUGAUUCGUCUCGUGGGCUUGAUUAUUUUUGAGAAUUCUGUAGCUCUUUUCCAUGGCAGUUGUGUUUGUCAUUAGAGGAUGGGGGAAUUUCUGGUACGUGGAUUUCUUUCAUUCUUUUUUCCUAAAUCUGCUUUCCAGGGGGGAUUUAUCAAAACGUCUGAGGUUUUUGUGCUUUCGGUAUUUCUUUUCUGGGUUGCGUCGGUAUGGGACCCUAGUCUCUACCUGUAGAGUGAUUAGAUUUUAAGGAUGGAAUGCCAACGACUCUAUCUUGGUGUUUUUUCUUCUCUCUCGCUUCAUAAUAUGUUUCUCUCUCUCUCUCUCUCUCUCUCUCUUCAUAAUGUGUUUUUCUCCUUUCCCAUGGCUUGGGGUUGGCGCGGGACUGCUGGAAUGAUAAUUUUCCUUAGAACAAAAUUUCAGCUUCUUUAUAGACCCAUUGACAUCACUAAGGCCUUUAGUGGCAUUCGAUCUUGAUUGUACCCAGUCCUCCCGCCACCGGUAUGUGAUACUUGAAGAGAGCAAUUACCUCAUCAACCCAGCUCCCUCCCUUAAUUCUUACACCCCGGACGCCAUAGCAAAAAAAAAGUCCAUCUUUCUAGGAUCGAAUUUCCCAAAGCUUAUAUAUAUAAUACACGCAUUGCCGCUCGUAUUAACGUUACCGCUACCUCAGGUGCCCAGGUCCAAAUCCCAAGUCUUCCCUUUAACUUCGGCAACAUCCUUCAACUUUGUCCCCAUCUUGACGACGCUAAAACUAAUCAUCCGAGGGUCCAAUCGCAAUGUACGCUGAAUCAAAUGCUGGGUCGGCGAGUUGGAAUCGAAUCUCAUGAUGAAGUAAUGGCCAUGGGUGUGAUACACCAAAUGCGCGCGUCGACGGGUUGGCAGCAUGAGUUUCUCCCAGUAGGUGUAUCCGCGGACGACUCCGCCGUUUUGUAAUACAGUCAUGCCAGCGGAUUUAGCGAUUUCUUUGAUUUCAUUGAGGGAGGUUGGCCGGACCUGUGAAUGUUGGCUAUCUAUUAGUAGGUGACGGGAGGGCGAGAGAAGAGGAAUUGGGAAUGAUAGACCACUGCGACGAGCUCGUAUAGCAUUUUGGGAGGACUGUGUAAGAUCGGAUAGUGGGAUA